AAAUUGUUAGGGUAUGGCUGACAGUGGACUCACAAUACUGAACGUGAAACAGUUUAUUCUAGAGCCACAUGUUUUCAAUGAGCUGGUGAACCAAGACAGACCUAGGAUGGGAUAGAUUCGAAGAUGAAUAUGCAAGAACAGCGUUUGAGUGGAAGAUAAGUCAUGUAGUUGAGGAGAAAGACCACUUGGCUGCAGCACCUAUACAAGUUGUAUCCGGCACAAUGCAGCACUCAUUGUUUGAGCUGGCCCGGCUGCUGUCACUGAGUCAGGAGACACGCGGCAGCGUCAAGUCCAAGACCUCCAUCACACAGUAUGCCUGGAAGGAGGAAGGCGAGGUCAACAUGCUGGCACUGGCUUGCUCAAAUGAUCAGAUUGUGUUGCGGUACAGCAUUGCUGGAAAACCUCCACUUAUUAAACAGUUGUCAUGGAUACCAAACAAGACGAUUGUGGCGAUGUGUUUUGACCCAACAGUGACCUGGCUUCUCAUCUUGACCCAUGAACCAGACAUCUACCUGGUGCCAGCCUUCUCCCUCAUGGAACCCAAGGCACGAGUAAACCAGCUGUGGAACACAGACGACGUCACACACAUCAAACUUCAGCAGCCUAAGGGUGAUGUGUGUGUGGUGAGCUGGUGGCACACUUUAGACGACCAACAGGUUGCUGUCAUUGGAACUAAGGCUGGAGAGAUUAUUUUUGUGGAUUUGUUGAGGAAAAAGACUGUGGCUUCUACCCACGUUGAAACAGCCAUCUUGAAACUGGACCUAGUGAUGGAUGAUCAACAGAUGACGACAUCUCUGCUGAUCACGGCGAAUGGGAACAACCAGUGGAACCUGCUUCUGGAGAGUCGCUCCAUCGACAGGAUGUUUGCCGAUCUGAGUUUUGACGGGACUGAGACAUCCCCAGACCCUGUCAACAACAUACUGGUACAGACAGAUGAGAACAGAGAAAAGUUUCUUCCCCUACGCUACGAGCAAUUCCAGCGCUCCGUCAUUCUCUGUCCGCAGAAUGCCCGAGGCCGGCACUUCAUCACAGCUCAUGAAGACAAGACAUCCACAUUCCAGGUCUAUGACAGCCAUGUAGAGCACUCACCCCUAUUUGUGUACAAGCUGCCUAUCGGAGCCUACAAUGUCAUCCUCACGGAUCGCCUCAUCUUCACCACAUCACGGGUGAGCGGCAGGCGGCUGCUGAUCAUAUCUAACCAACGGGCCGAAACUUCUCUGGAGGACCACCAGGAUUUCAAUAAAGAAUCCAUAGUUCAGCAAUUUGACCUGCCACAAGACGAGACCUUGCUAGGGGUUCAGAAGAAGUGUUUCCCGUUUUAUUGGCACGAGAAACGCGAGGAGGAAAGACUUCGAUCAGUGCAAGAAGGGGAAUACAUGGAACAGCCAACAAGUAUUCCCACAAACAUUCAAGCUAUUCCAGUCACCUCCCACACCGUUUUAGAUGGAUGCAUUGUCAUAACAAACCGAGCAAUUUAUGAAUGUCGACCCAGGAUCUCUCCCGAGCGUCUGUUCCUCGGCCUGGCAAUACAGCACACGGACGCUGCGUAUGCUGAGAGCCUCGGAAUCAGCAUUGGCCUUGACCUUACAGCUCUGUUUGAGGUGGCAGCAGAUUACCUCCUCAGAGCAGGAGAGUUCUCCAGAUCUGUUCGUCUUUACCAACUCUCCAAGUGUUCUCACGUGAAGCGAGUCGGGAACCUAGCCCGCCAUGGUCGUCUACAGGAAGUGACAUCAGUGCUGCGUCAAGUCCUGAACAACCACCAGGUGGAGCUGAGCAUGAUGGAGAGGAAGCAGCUGGCAGACAUGGCGCUCCACUGCUGUGUGUACUUCCUGUCCCACGAUGCUGACCGAUCUUCAGGGAUGGACGAGACAUUCAAGGAGUUCCUGUUUGGGAGCUUCUCUUUUGACGAGAUGAAAGCUCUCCACCUUCUGUCAGACUUCUCUCUGCAUGAACUACUGCUGGAGUUUGCCAAGGCACGUGGUCUGGUGGUGGAGGCGCUGGAGCUACUGUCGUCGCGGAGUCAGUUCAACGUCCCCACCCACCUCCUCUCCGAUCUCGUUACCCGGGGAUUCAGUGCUCAUCUACUGCAGGCUGGACAAGGGUCGCUGCUGCAGUGUAUCAGUGCGGACGACCUCGUGCGCCUCCUCCUGACCAAGCCCCAGCUUGCCAUACAGAACGUGGGUCUCAUGGAGAACCAGCUGGGUCUGCUGGAAGAGGAGCUGCUGGUCUCACUGGCCGAGGUCUUCGACCCCUCCCGACCUGUGAUGAGGGGCAUCCUGAACAGACACCAGUACUCCAGGAGGAGGACAACCAGCAUCUCUUCCUUGACCUCCUUCACGAGUGAUGUCCUUGACUUUUCAGGGGACAUGGGGACCUCCAACCUGUGUCACCUGAUGGACUUCUUCAUCUCCGUCGUCCUGCACCUCAACAAGAAGCGAGAUGCUGACAGCGUGCAGCUGGACCUGGCAGACAUGUUGGCAGACAUCAACACUCAACUGGAGGAGCUGAGGGAGAAGAAACAACCCUUCGUGGAGAUGUCUCGGAAGCUGGCCCUGCAGCCGAGCGUCAUUGGCUGUGGCAGCCAUCACACUGCCAUCAUCAGGAACAGCGACCUGUACGUCUGGGGGCUCACCAACAACGGCAGGUUGGGUCACGGUGACCUGGUGACGGAGAACAGCAUCGCAGCGCCGGCCCGGGUGGAAACACUACACAUGCUACAGAUGCGGGUGCUGUCCGUGGCGUGUGGGGGGGAACACACGCUCGUCAUCACACAGCAAGGGGUGUAUGGGUGGGGACGGUCUCAGUACGGCCAGGUAGGGGUGGGGACACGACACCGCUACACCCGACCCAUGCUGAUCGAGUCCCUGCUGCCCGAGAUGGUCGUCAGCAUUGAGUGUGGACAGUACCACAGUCUGGCUCUCACGGAGAACAGCGAUGUGUACAGCUGGGGCUGGGGGGUCCAUGGCCAGCUCGGGCACUGUGACCCGGAGGACCAGCUCAGCCCCACCCUGGUGAAGAGCCUGAGGGGCAAGGACGUGGUGAGGAUUGCGGCAGGGUACUGCCACAGUCUGGUGCUCAAUGACAAGGGUGCUGUGUACUCGUUUGGGUGUGGUUACUUUGGCCAGCUGGGCCAGGGGGACAACAGCAAGAAGUCCUGCCCCACCCGGAUCUCGCUCCUGCCAGAACCCGUCUCCAUCAUCGCCACCAAAUACUUCCAUUCCAUUGCCGUAACCAGUAGCAACCGUGUGUACUCCUGGGGAUGUCAUCCUCACAGCCUUCGGUACUCCGCGCAGCUUGUGCGUAGAGCCAGACAACUGGGCCAGCAUCUUAGUGACCCUGUGGAGAGCUAUCUAAGUCCCAGCGUUGUAGACUCAGCUUAUGUCAAUGGGAAGAUUACACAGGUGACUUGUGGCAGCCUCCACACCAUCCUCCAGACAAGCGAGGGGGAAAUCUACGUGUUCGGAAGGAACAUGGAUGGACAGCUUGGCAUCGGCAGCAAACAGGAUGAGAAAAUUCCAAGAAUGUUGACGAAGAUUAACGACCACAAUAUUGUGUGUGUAAAGUCUGGGGGAGAGUUUAACAUUGCCAUGGAUACGGAGAACACAGUGUGGGUCUGGGGGAAGAACGAUACCGCCCAGCUGGGCUACCAUGUAAUUGAGAUACCCUCCCAGGCGCUCAGAGUGACUCGGUCCCGGCGACGCUCAACUCCCAGCAGUACCGACUUCCUCAGUCCCACAAUCCUCAAAGGACUUCCUGCUCAGGACCCCACUGUCAUGUCACCAUGGCAACAGUCCUUCAUGGCAUCCUCAGAGAGUGGAGAUUCCGAAUAUUGGGUGACAGACGGCAAGGUGGAGGACCACCAUCUGGCCAUGAUUCCAAGUCUGGAGAAGGUCGGCAAGGUCAGGUACUCGCGCAAGGUCAUCCCGGUUGUGCUCAAGUACCUGCCUCACCUGUGCCAGAUCACCACUGCCUUGAUACAGUGUGUCGACGCCGGGGACUGGUUGACUGCUGCCGACAUACACCUGCUGUCCCAUUGCCAUAGUCAGGCGUUGUUGUGUCAGCUGCAGGUGUUGACGGACAGGAAGCCGUUCAUGUCAGCGGAGACGUUCCGUCUCUUCAGCAUCCAAGUCAUCCAGCACCACAUCAGAUGCACAGUGAGUGGUGACAACACCCAGUCUGAGCUGCGUGAGGAGCUGAAUGUGAUCGUAGUUGAGGUGCUUGACUACUGGGAAAAGCAUGACUUGGCGGUAGUCGACCUGGAAGCCAUCUUUCUUCACCAACUCACACAGCUCGCCCCUACUCUCAGCCUCCUGCUCUUCAGGUGCCAUGAUAAGCAUGAAGAAGCUCCUGCUGCACUGCUGGGCCCGUCAGGCGAGUUCCUGGAGAAGUUCUCCACAGACUUCUGCCUGAAACUGCUGCACUCGGUGUUGAGCAGCUCCUCCAGGAAGCCCAACACGCUGCCCAAGCAGUGGAUGUCCCUGCUCCAGCACCAUGCUGUCAGGGCAGCAGACUCGGGCGCAGACAUGGUGGACGUCAAACCCGAGCCGACCCAGACCAGACCGAGGGUUGACAUCCAGCCUUGUGACAAACUGAUACCGUACGACCGCCUGUGGCAGGACAUUGUGCAGAACCUGCAGAAACACGCAGACUCCCGGAGUUACAUCCCCCUCACCAGGAAUGAGAUGGAUCACAUCGAGGUGCAGAUGGAGGAGAAGACGAACAGACAGGCUGACAGGAAGGACACACAGACAGACACCGUCCAGCCUGACGAUCCCCAAAGUGCCAUAUUGUUCACGUGCGGCCAUCACUUCACCAGGACAACGUUCACAGACGAGGUGCUUGUCAGCUUCGACCGCGAACUGACUGAGGGACCCAACAAACUCCCAUACAGUGCGACAGUGCUGAAACAGUAUUACAGCAGGCAGGGGUUACUUCCCCUUGCUUGUCCCAAAUGUGUGCUGAAUGCCUUGAUGACAAUUUCAUGAGACAAUCAAAUCUGAAAAUUUGGCAUUUCAUCAUUAUUAUGUGUGAUCAUAGUCAUUUCGAGUGUGAAUUGAAGAUUAAUGAGUUUUACAUGGGUAAUUCAUAAUCCAGCUUUAUCAAAGCUGCCAGAUAUUUUAUUUAUGCAAGGAUACAUGUGCUGGAAUACCCACAACUUAACCUAUAUUCUACCAUAAAUUUUUGAAAAUACUCGAUUUUGAUUGGUUUAUCAUAGGUAUCAAAUCACAAUAAACCUCCUCUGAUUAGAUAUAGUUGAUUUGAUGGGGCAUAAUAUUUUUAGGAUAGUUCUUCUUAUACAGUCAUUGUCAGUAGGUGUAUUUAAAUAAUUAUUUGUACAAUUACAGGUUACAAAAUGCAAAGUUGUGGUUACUACAAUAUUCAAAGUAUGUGUGGCAAUAUAUUUCGUGCAGAAAAUAUGAUAGCAAUCUUCAAAAAGAAUGUAUUUCACGUUUUAUGGACAACAGAGAGCUUGCUAUUGGGCGUUUUUGUAUAUAUGACUGUGACAUCAUAUCUUUUGCGUCACAAUGAGCUAUAUGACGUGAUAAUUGUGACACACAGUGUAAAACAAAACCUUUGCAAGGCUUGCUGUUUCUUUAGGGGUUCCCACCUCAUGUUAGCUUUCGAAGUUGUCGUGCCAUAUGCUUUCAGUGCCUGUCAUAAGUUCGUGAGAAGUGUUACGGUGUAAACAAACUGCUUGAGCAUACAGAUCGCCCUAUUUUGUUUAAAGGCAGUUGUCGGUUAUUCCGUAACUUCUGAUCGACAACACACUCAAAACACUUGGUUCAACCCAUGCCGCUUCACUCGAAACCAAAGAGUUUGCGUUUUAUUUAGUCAUGGUAGAAUGGAGAUAAACAUACUGUGUUUUGAAUGUAGAGCUAGGUUACAAGUAGUUUUUUUUAGAAUGGAGAUAUAAUACGCUGUAUAAUUCUGGAUGAAUGGGGGGCGGUCAGGUAGCCUAGUGGUUAAAGCAUUCGCUCAUCACGCCGAAGACCCGGGUUCGAUUCCCGACAUGGUUACAAUGUGUGAAGCCCAUUUCUGGUGUCCCCCGCCGUGAUAUUGCUGGAAUAUUGCUAAAAGCGGCGUAAAAACCAUACUCACUCACUCACUCACUGGAUGAAUGGAAGUAUGCAAUGGUGUUUUGCUGAUGGGCAGGGUACAGAAGACCAAGGCAAAUAUUAUACAAAUAAUUACUCUUGAUGAGGUCCAUAUGCGAAGACAAGGACCCGUGGACCCAACCUCUGAGGUGGUCCUGUCAGAACCAGUGAAGGGGUCAGGUCAGAGGGUCCUUUUUUUGCAUAUUUACCUCAUCAACAGUAUUCACUUGUUUUGUUAUACCAAAGUUCACCUUAAAGUUUAUGCAUUUUUUAAACCAUCUUCUGUUUCAUAACAGUAACUUUGCUACAACCCGUGAAAUAUUCGUACCAGACGCCAUCUUGUUUUCUAGCAGAUGAGUCAAUAUUCAUCACGUGACAGGUCAAUACUGAUCACGUGACGGGUCAGUAAUCGAGGUCAGUGUCAGUCACAUCAUGUCUGGGUCUACAUUGUAAUGUAUUGUUUCGUCACGUGGCACAGAUUAACCAAGGCUGAAAAAAAUUAUAGUCUUGGUUCUUAGGCACCGACCACAUCAUCAUAAAGUUUGCCACACAUUUCGUUUUUUAUUUCCAUUUAAACAAAAAGUAAAAAUCUUUCAAUAUUCCGCGUCUCAAACACACGACCUGUCAGUGAAAUGCUUCAAUACUUAAGAACAUGAUUUCAAUGAAAUUAUUGUAAAUGAAAUAGGGGCAGUCGAGUAGCCUAGUGGUUAAAGCGUUCGCUCGUCACGCCGAAGACCCGGGUUCAAUUCCCGACAUGGGUACAAUGUGUGAAGCCCAUUUCUGGUGUCCCCCCACCGUGAUAUUGCUGGAAUAUU